GAGUGUAGUAAGUGUGCAGAGGCGGUGGUGGGAAGCAGGAGGAAAGCAGUCGCCCUCUGUCCUCGGGACCUUCUGCUUUAGUUCCAGGAGCGCAGCGACGCGGGGACGACGCCGGACGCACGGCCGCAUGAUGGACAGAUAGCAGGAGGAGGACGCCGCCAUGUCGUUCUUUGGCCUCGACUGUGUCAGGAAGAGGGAGAGAGAGCUGGAGAGGAAGCUCCGCGCCAACGAUCGGGAGUUCAACCUCUCCUUCAAGUAUGCGACCAACGCUAUCAAGACCUCCAAGUACAACCUUUUCACCUUUCUACCGCUCAACUUGUUUGAACAGUUCCAGAGGAUCGCCAACGCCUACUUCCUGUUUCUGCUGGUGCUUCAGGUGAUUCCUCAGAUCUCCUCCCUCUCCUGGUUCACCACUGUUGUUCCUCUGGUCCUUGUGUUGACAGUCACCGCUGCCAAGGAUGCCACCGAUGACAUCAACCGCCACCGGAGCGACAAUCAGGUCAACAACCGAAAAGUUCAGGUCCUUAUUGAUAGAAAACUCCGGAGCGAGAAAUGGAUGAACGUCCAGGUGGGCGACAUCAUCAAGCUGGAAAACAACCAGUUCGUCACCGCCGACAUCCUGCUGCUCUCCAGCAGUGAACCUCUCAACCUGGUUUACAUUGAGACGGCGGAGCUGGACGGAGAGACCAACCUGAAGGUGAAACAGGCCCUGCCAGUGACAGGAGACCUGGGAGAUGACGUUGAGAAGCUGGCCGACUUUAAUGGUGAGGUUCUCUGUGAACCUCCCAACAACCGCCUCGACCGCUUUAAGGGGGCUUUAACCUGCGACGGCCAGAAGCACCCGCUGGACAACGAGAAGGUGCUCCUGCGCGGCUGCACCCUGAGGAACACGGAGUGGUGCUUCGGCCUGGUGCUGUUUGGAGGUCCUGAAACGAAGCUGAUGCAGAACUGUGGAAAAAGCACGUUCAAGAGGACCAGCAUCGACCGACUGAUGAAUGUCCUGGUUCUUUGUAUAUUUGUUUUCCUCGGAUUCAUGUGCACCAUCCUGGCAGCAGGAAACUCCGUCUGGGAAAACAACCAAGGCUCAAACUUCACAGUCUUCCUGCCAAGACAAGAUGGCAACAGUGCUGCCUUCACUGCCUUCCUCACAUUCUGGUCCUACGUCAUCAUCCUCAACACGCUGGUGCCCAUCUCGCUCUACGUCAGCGUGGAGAUCAUUCGCCUGGGAAACAGCUUCUACAUCGACUGGGACAGGAAGAUGUACUACGCCCGCAGCGACACGCCGGCCGAGGCUCGCACCACCACGCUGAACGAGGAGCUGGGGCAGAUCAAGUACAUCUUCAGUGACAAAACGGGAACGCUCACGCAGAACAUCAUGACGUUCAACAAGUGCUCCAUCAACGGGAAAUGCUACGGGGACGUGUUUGACUACACGGGACAGCGGAUAGAAAUCACGGAGCACACGGAGAGGGUGGACUUCUCCUUCAACCCGCUCUCGGACCCUCGCUUCGUCUUCCACGACCACGCGCUGGUGGAGGCGGUGAAGCUGCAGAGCCCCGAGGUGCAGGCCUUCUUCAGGCUGCUGGGCCUCUGCCACACCGUCAUGGCCGAGGAGAAGAGGGAGGGCGAGCUGCACUACCAGGCCCAGUCUCCGGACGAGGGCGCGUUGGUCACGGCCGCCAGGAACUUUGGCUUCGUCUUCCGCUCACGCACCCCAGACAGCAUCUGCAUCGUGGAGAUGGGGCAACAGCGCAGCUACGAGCUGCUGGCCAUCCUGGACUUCAACAACGUCCGCAAGAGGAUGUCUGUCAUAGUGCGGAGCCCAGAGGGAAAACUCUGCCUCUACUGUAAAGGCGCCGACACCAUCAUCUACGAGCGGCUGCACCCGUCCUGCAGCAAACUGAUGGACGUCACUACCGAGCACCUGAAUGAGUUCGCCGGCGAGGGGCUGAGGACGCUCGUUCUGGCCUACAAGGACCUGGAGGAGGAGUACUUCACCCAGUGGCAGCGGCGCCACCACGAGGCCAGCACCACGCUGGACGACCGCGAGGCCCGUCUGGACCAGCUGUACGAGGAGAUCGAGACGGGCCUGAUGCUGCUCGGAGCCACGGCCAUCGAAGACAAGCUACAGGACGGGGUUCCUCAGACUAUCGAGCAGCUUUCCAAGGCCGACAUCAAAAUCUGGGUUUUGACGGGAGACAAACAAGAAACCGCAGAAAACAUUGGUUACUCAUGCAACCUGCUGCGAGAAGAGAUGAAUGACGUUUUCAUCAUCUCAGGCAACUCGCCUGAAGACGUCAGAGAGGAGCUACGGCACGCUAGGACCUCCAUGAAGCCAGAUGCAGCCGACACCGAGCCGAUGCCAGGAAGGACUCUGGGGAAAGGCGUGAAGGUGAUAGCGGACGAGGCGGUUAAUGGAGAGUACGGCCUGGUUAUAAACGGACCCAGCCUGGCCUACGCCCUGGAGCGCAGAAUGGAGCUGGACUUCCUGCGGACGGCGUGCAUGUGCAAGUCAGUGAUCUGCUGCAGGGUCACUCCUCUGCAGAAGGCUCAGGUGGUGCAGCUGGUCAAGAAGUACAAGCAGGUGGUGACACUGGCCAUAGGAGACGGCGCCAACGACGUGAGCAUGAUCAAAGAGGCACACAUAGGCGUGGGGAUCUCGGGGCAGGAGGGCAUGCAGGCUGUGCUGUCCAGCGAUUAUACCUUCGCACAGUUCCGCUUCCUGCAGCGGCUGCUCCUGGUGCACGGACGCUGGUCCUACCUGCGCAUGUGCAAGUUCCUCAGUUACUUCUUCUACAAGAACUUCACCUUCACCUUCGUCCACUUCUGGUUCGCCUUCUUCUGCGGCUUCUCGGCUCAGACAGUGUACGAUGAGUGGUUCAUCACCCUCUACAACCUCAUGUACACAGCGCUGCCUGUUCUGGGAAUGAGUCUGUUUGAUCAGGAUGUGAACGACGCGUGGAGCUUCCAGCACCCUCAGCUCUACGUCCCCGGCCAGCUCAACCUGUACUUCAACAAGAAGGCCUUCUUCAAGUGCGCGCUGCACAGCUGCUACAGCUCCAUGGUGCUCUUCUUCGUCCCCUACGCUGCCAUGCAGGACACGGUGCGGGACGACGGCAAGGACGUCGCCGACUACCAGUCCUUCGCGCUGCUCACACAGACGUGCCUGAUGUUCACUGUCAGCAUUCAGCUGGGGCUGGAGAUGUGGUACUGGACCGCGGUCAACACGUUCUUCGUCCUGGGCAGCCUGGCCAUGUACUUCGCUGUCACAUUCACCAUGUACAGCAACGGCCUGUUUCUCAUCCUGCCUUCAGCCUUUCCCUUCAUAGGAACAGCGCGGAACUCCCUGAACCAGCCCAACAUCUGGCUGACCAUCCUCCUCACCUCCACCCUCUGCAUCCUCCCUGUGGUGACCUACCGCUUCCUGUUGAUCCAGCUCUGCCCCACCAUCAACAACCAGGUGAUGUUCAAAGUGCGACAGGCCAAAGCGUCGCCGCCCCCUCUUCCUCGCCGCGCCCGCAUCCGCCGCACCAGCUCGCGCCGCUCGGGCUACGCCUUCUCCCACGCGCAGGGCUACGGGGACCUGGUGACGUCCGGCCGGUUCCUGCGGCGCCCGGCCAUGUCCCGAUCCGCCGCCUUCACCCACGUGGGCCGCGCCACCGGCUUCAGUCCCAUGGGCCGAUCGGCCGGAUACAGUCCCACGGGCCGCCCUCAGAAUGCCAAGGCUCCAGAUGUGGAGGUGACGUCGCUGCAGAUGUACAGGACUAUCAACGAUCCUGCUCUAUGACGCCGCAGGUUGAGUGUCAGACGUCUGGAAGCACCUGGGAGCAGGAACCGCCCCAACUGGACUGCUGCUGGCAGUCAGGCUUUCUGCGUGGAUGCCGUGAAGGUUUGGCUCAGACCUCACAGGGACGUUCAUGUCAAAGGUGUGAGACGACCUAUGGACGAUGACUGGGUGAUUUAUCGGGAGCUCUACCACAAAAAAGGGAAACACUUAACGUGUUUGGGACGGCUCGUCCUGUUUACAGACAGCCACACGCUGGGACACGCAGGGUUCGAAUGGAGAACAACCUGCAAGGCAAUGCUGCCAUGAUGUUUUUAUUUUCAUAUCUUAAUUAUCUCGAUCACUGUGGGAGGUCACUGAAUGCUCGUAGCAUCUUGAAUGUGUCGUUGCCCUCCACCAGCUGCUACCAAAGACCUGUGGAAGAUGCUAAUUUAAAGUGGUAGAUCCAGCAGGUUACCAGCUUAAAUACGUACCUGGGACAUCCUACCGACCCAGAUGUUCCUCUGAUGGCUUAUUCAGUAUCUUACUGUAAUCGUUGUUCAUCCAUGAAGCCAUUAGAUAAAAGUAAUACAUUACAGCUCCAGUUCUGUCCAGCCACAGCAUCUGGCUCCGGCCCGCUGUGUUCCAGCUCACUACUGACACCACAGAGUUUCAAUGCACCUCAGCUCACUUUUACCAUCCCACUGAUGUUUGUGUUCUAUGCAACUGCUAGCAAACGCAUUUUUACCUCAACAAAGCACAAGAGAAGGAAACAACUACAUCACAGCUCAUCCAGACUACCGUACCUGCUGCUGUUUGACUUUAACAAACAAAUCUACUGGUGUUUGGCGUCCACUGUAGACACUACGUGAAGCGGCGCUUUUAGGGACACGGUGUCCACAUGCCUUCUUUAGUAUCGCACAUGCCUGAACAGCUCAGACUGACCUUUAUAUGCUGAGCAUAAGGAAAAUUAAUGCAUGCUUCACUGUAAAACCACACAAUGCUCAGCAAUCCUUAGCGUCAAGCGCUGACGGUCAUCAGCGUUUCUAAUCAGCUGUUCAGAAAGUUAUAUCGUCUUGUCUCUUUGAGUGUGAUGUCAGCUCUCUGUAACAUGAACCUAAAAGAUGAGGAUGUUACAAAUGAAUUGAAUGCAGCACAGACGUGUUAUUUGUGAUUUAAGAAAACAAAUGUCAGCUGGUUUUGUGACAGGUGGAAGCUGCUUCUGAGGGAUCAAUGUUUAAUUUAUUACAAGCUUUGUUUGGCCUUUUAGAAAUAGAAUAAAUGAAUAUAGAUUUAAUACCUGUACAGUAAUGAUAUGUAAAUUGUGAUUGUAAGUUACCAAAGGUGAUGAGGCACAUUGACAUGCAGUUACCAUCUGUAUUCACUUGUUAGUAUUUAAUCUUCGGUCCAGUUUACCAAACCAUUAACAAACCCGAUGAGUGCCGUUUCUUUUCUUGCUUUAGCAGUUUCCUAACAAAUGGCAGACAAACACAGGUUCUCUGUUAUACUUGGUUAAAGCUUAACUGUGUGGCAGUUAAACUGAUCUUAUGGUACAGAUGACGUAAAACAGAGCUUUGUGUUAAGGCAGAAUAAAUAAUUUGGCUACUACAAUAAUAUGUUUUUCCAGUAUUUGCCAGUAUUGCUGUGGUACUUUCCAGCAUAGAUUGUAGACAUUUAGCCUUUGCCUGCAUAUUAGUAAAUAUUAUAUCCCUUGCCUUGAAGACUGAAACUGUAACAAAACACUUUUUAUAAACUAUAUGUUUUUAAACAUGUCAUAUGAAAAUGGGUUAUGUUAAGCACUUAACUGUUGGCUAUUUUGUAUAAUUUUGUACUUUUAUUGCAAUUAAAACAUGACAGAUUAUCUGCAGUA